UCUGUGCCGGCCGCUUUGCCAAUACCACCAGUACUAUUACUAAAUAUAUAUUUCAGUUUUCACGAGGUUUCCAGGCUCUGGUGCACUACGAUCAGAUCGCUUGAUUUCAUAGUCUAAUUUGGCUAUGGCGGGAACGUCGACGAUGGCGCCGUGGUCCGACCUCCCGUCUGAUCUGCUGGGCCUCGUCAUCGCCCGCCUGCCCUUCCCCGCCGACCGCGCGCGCUUCCGCGCUGUGUGCCGCGCCUGGCACUCCGCCCUGCGCCGCCACGUCGCCGCCCCGCCGCAGCUCCCGUGGAUCGUGCUCCCGGAAGGCACCUUCGUCACGGUCUCCGACGGCGGCGUCCACCGCAUGGCUUUCCCCGAGAGCAACACCGUCUGCAUUGGCUCCACCGACGGCUGGCUCGCCCUCCACCGCACCGACAACGAUGACGAUGACAGCGUCGAUGGCGCCAGGACGACGAAGACGAGGCACACGUUCCUCCUGCACAACCCUUUCACCGGCGCCACCGUGCCGCUCGCCGAGCUGGGCGACAUCCUCGACGACGACUUCUUUGAGGAGUUCAGAGUCUGCAAGGUGAUCAUCCGGUCCCACCCCAAUGGCGGCGGUCACCUCGUCGCCGUCAUGACCAACCACUGGGACUGCCCUUUGAUCCUGUGCCAGCCAGGGAAGGGCAUCUGGACGCCUGAUUCUUGCACGAUGCCAUUCGUCCGUGUCGUCGACAUUGCCUUCUUCGCGGACAAGCUUUAUCUAAUUACAAAAGCCGAGGACCUCUUCGCCGUCGACCUCGCCGACGACAAAGACGGCAAGCCCACCGUCACCAGCGUCGAGCGCAUCAUCAGACAACCGAGAAGCCCUGAUGGCGUAAUCGACGCGUUUAGGUGGAGCGACGAUGAAGACGACGACGACGGCGACGCACAAGACAAUGACGGUGACGCAUCGACCAACGACCAUGAUGAGUCAUUAAACCAAGAGGGAGACAGCGAGAACGAUAGCGAAAUUGAGCCCGUCGGUGAUGAUGGCAUCGACGACGUCGGCCAUCAGUGGCAGUACCUCACCGGUGAGGAUCUCAUUUGGAAGACUACAAAGUACGAGUUAGAGGGGGACGACUACGCAGUUAACGGUAGCUGGCACCUCCUGGAGUCGUCUGGCCGGUUGCUCAUGGUGAGACGGGAGUGUUUAAUCGCGGCCUUCGUCAAGGACGCCGACCACACCCGCAGCGUGGAUGUCUCUAAGGCCGACAUGGACGCCGGCACAUGGGUUCCGGUCACCGGCGGCGGUCUAGGUGGCCAAGCAAUCUUCCUCAGUGAACUCUUCAACAAGUCCAUGCCUGCUCCCGCACACGGCGAGGUUUUAGAGGACACGAUGUAUUUCGUCGACACACCGGACGUGUGGGACUUGAAAUCCGGUACUAGGAGGCCGUUUACACGAAGCAUCGGGUUCUUUGAUUUGGACAGAACGUGGGUUUUUCCUCCAGAGUUGAUUGUUUAAUGAAUGUGGAACAACGAAAAGAAAUUUAAU